ACAAAACAUUUGAAAUAGCAUCUUCGAAGAAACAAUCCAAUGCUGUCGUGACGUCACGUUAUGCAGAUAGAACAGAGUGGAUCAUACGUUGCAGGACGUCUAUGGCUCCCACCGUUUCUGUUCAGGGAUGGUUGUAACCUUGUUUUAUUUAAAACACUAUUAGGCAGUACGGAGACCAGUCAAUGCACAUCGAGUGCCUGCCGGUCAGCGAGCUCCGGUCCCCUGAUAACCAGUCCGUCCCAUUGCCGGAGUCUGGGGACAAGUGGGAGGAACAUUUCAUCAAUUUCCACUUCGCUGGGUCUGAUAAAAACCCAGGCCAGAGGCCAUCCGUCAAUGGUCAUCGGUUUGUUCUGCCGUCGUCACCCCCACAGGUCACCGGCGACAAGGGUCUGGUGCCAUGUACCGACGAGCUUUGCGGCGGGGAGAAGUAUUGUGACUGUAGCUAUCACGUGGCCAUCACCCCUGGCAACGUGGUGCAGAUGGUCCUCUACAACAUGGGCUCAGGAGCAGGUCUUGCCGGUACAGCCUGUUCACAUCCACGGACACCACUUCUACGUGUUAGAUAUGGGAUUCCCGGAGUACAACAGCAGCGAUGGUCGCUACAGCAGCCAGAACCCUGACAUUGACUGUGGCACGUCAGAAAGGUGUAACGCGAAGCGAUGGGCGGACCAGUCGUGGGAGGGCGGGAACAAGCCGGGACUGAACCUGCGGGACCCGCCGAUGAAGGACACGGUGAUCGUGCCUGUGGGUGGGUACGUGGUCAUCAGAUUUACGGCGGAUAACCCAGGCUGGUGGUUUGUCCACUGUCACAUAGAGAUUCAUAAGGUGGAGGGGAUGGCCAUGAUGAUCAGGGAGGGGACGCAGGGACAGAUGAACCCCCCACCCCCGGGAUUCCCCACCUGUAGAGAAUUCCAUUGGUCCUCAGCGGAGUUCGAAAGAGCAAAGAAGGGCUACAGCACGUCUUGGACCCACACCUUAUCUGUCGCGGCAGGAGGUGGCAUCGGCGCUGCAGUUGGAUUCAUAGUUGGACUUGCAGUCGGCAUCAUCUGUACGGUGUUACGAAUGUAGCAAGAAAAGCACGACCGCAAACUAGCAGACACAGUUUGCGCCAUGCAGGGAAAACAGUUUUGUAUAAUUAAAGGCCGCCCCUGCACGCGGCGACAUCAGUAAUAGGUCAGCACUCGAAACGAACAUCUUUUGGCCACAAUUAAAACAAGGACAAACUGGUACAAAUUCCCUACAUGGUCAACCUUCUGUAUGGCCUCCGUAUAUUGAAUAUGUUAGCUGUUGUAAGCUACUUCCACCAAACAUUGUGCAUGUGAAAACUAACUUAAACCUUUUAAACCUAUCGGUUUAAGGAUAGCAUGUAGUGUUGAUUAAUAUCGUCAUUCAUUCAUUCAUUCAUUCAUUCAUUCAUUCAUUCAUUCAUUCAUUCAUUCAUUCAUUCAUUCAUUCAUUCAUUCAUUCAAGGUAACCGAAGCCGGCAUUUGUGUAGAAGUCAUAUUUGUACACUAAAAUGAAACAGUACUAGUCCAUUUCCUAAAUAAGCAAAGCACAUAUGGUUCAAUAGCACAUAUAGCCGUGUAAACUGGGAUUACAAAUACAACUUCUAACUUGAAUUUUGGCCAUCUGAUUGGUCCUCGCUAGAAGCCGCCAGAAAUCUAGUGCAUGUCAAAUAUUGAACACGGGCGUUUGUCAAAUAUACAUGUUUUUGCAAGUGUCAUUCAGAGCUUUAGAUCCUCUGCCUUGCCGAUAAUUUAGCUUCAUGCCGUAGACCUUUUUCUUCUGGCGUCCUUGAUAAGUCUGAUAUUCGGGGGGUUAAAACUAUAUUCUUUAUGGCUAAUCAACAAGUAGCCAUUCUCUCCCACCAAACGCGUUAUACUGAUGAUAUAUGGCAUAUUUGUAAAGCUAAAUGCUACAUCAUGUAUUGCUGGGUAAGCAGUAGUUUCUACUUUUUAUUGUAUAGUGGCAUUUUAUUGCAAGCUAUGUCAUUUGAAGUGAUCGUAAAAUAUUGCUUGUAUUAUAAGACCAACAAUGAAAAUAACACUAACAAAAAACAAAAAACACUAACAGACCUCAGACAAUAUCAACAACUGUACAUUAUUGCAUAUU